GUGUGACAGGCAGCAAAAGAAAGAGAGAGAGACUGUUCGUGCUUGAGUGACUGUUUCAGUCCAAAACACUGCCCUUUUAUAGGGAGUGGUAGAUUGAGAGCUUAUCUGCAGUGAAGACUGAUCUCUUCCAGUGAUAUCAGAAUCUGCUCCCUCCAGAAUAGAUGACCAUGGUCCUGUCUACUGUCUCUCUCACUGCCCUGCUUCUGACCCUGACUGGUUACAGGGCCGCUGUGGUCACCCAAGAUAAGUCCAUCUCCGUCAGCCUGGGGGCCAAUGUGAAAAUCCCAUGUAGAAUCGACAAUGACUGGGUAUUGACCUGGUACCAACAGAAGACUGGAGAUGCCCCCAAAUUUUUACUUGUUACUGAAAAUGAAAGACCAUCUGGGUUGCCGAGCAGGUUCACAUAUUCGGGAACCUGAGGCACCACCCAGUAUCUACACAUCAAUGGAGUGCUGGCAGAAGAUGAGGCUGUGUAUCACUGUGGUGGACACGGCUUAUCACAGUGUUACAAACACAGAGCCUACAUGGGCAACGUUCUUCUCUCGGGAGGUUUUUGUAUUGGUGUGUAUCACCGUGCAUCCGAAAACUAUUUUGGAGGCGGCACUGAAUUACUUAUAACGAACCGUUCUCCGUCCACCCCCACUCUGGUUCUGAUGGCCCCAACCCAGGCACCACCCUCUGGGGACAGCACCGCCUUGGUGUGCCUGGCUCUGGCCUUCUACCCUGACGAUGCCACCGUGACCUGGUCCGAGGACGGAGGCACUCUGACUGGCACUGAGGUCCAGACAGGUGUGUCCCAACGGCAAGCUGACAACACGUACAAGCUUAGCAGUGUCCUCACCCUGACCCCCGCACGCUGGAGCUCUGGACACACCUUCACCUGCCAGCUGACUCACUCCUCACUGAGCAGCCCGCUGAGCAAGAGUGUGAGCAAUGACCAGUGUGCCGUCUGAGAGGGAUCCCUUUGUGCGACUUCAUGGUCCACAUGUUUACGUUCUUUUUGUUUCCUGUAGUUGAAAAUGUGAAUGUUGUAGUCAAUGGAAGCCUCUAGUUUUCCAAAUUGGUGUUGCAAGUAAAGUGAUCAAGUUCUGCCUACUGCUGCCAAGGGUUAUUUCAA